AUGGCUAGUCUCCAGACCAAAGGUGAAAUUAAAGUUAAGAAAGAAGACCUCAAAGUUGGUCAAGAGGUCAUUUACCAUCCAGUCGGAAUGGCAGUGCAAACAACUAAAGGAAUCAUCAAAGAAAUUAUUACUGAAUCGGAGAUUGCAGGUGAAACCCACAAGACUAUCAAGGCGAGUCCUGAACACCCUCGAAUCUUGAUUGAAAACUUGCAUACUCACAAGGAAACCGGACGUCGUCUUAAAAGCCAAAAACAUGAAACCCAUCGUGCAGCUCAUGACAAAGGCCAUACCAAGAUUAGUGAUAUCAAAGUUGGUCAAUAUGUCAUUUAUCAUCCGAUUGGAUCCACGCAGCAAACUGCUGAAGGACUUGUAAAGGAGAUCAUCACCGCAGACGAGGUUACUGGUCAAGCACAAAGGACAGUUCACGCGACUCCUGAACAUCCACGUAUCUUGAUUGAGAACUUGCAUACUCAAAAGGAAACUGCCUAUAAACCCGAAAGUAUCGAACGUGUCAUCACCGAGGAAGAAGCCAAAAAAUUGGCUAGCACUCGUGCGCAAAGUCGAAGUCCUAAUAGGCAAAGUCAAAUUCCUAAUAAGCAGGGUAAACGUGGUCGUGGUAAAAAGGAAGAGAAAGAACUUGAAGAAGAUGAUGAUAAAUGA